GUGAAAGUGAAGAUGCAUGUUAUACUGGUGUACGCAUUCUUUUUAGUUACGAUCACAACUGUAGCCGUAGGAAUACCCUUAGAGGCAUUACCGGAUCUGGUUAUAAAUUCCGAAACCUCCUUAAUCAAACCAUGGAGGUAACAUGUGCACGUCAGAGAGAACCUGUGACAGUUAAACAAAAUUGUAAUUCAGAUGAAAUUUGUAUUGAAUAUGCUGACGAACAAAAUGAAAUAUUCGCAGUGUGUACUAGUCGUGUUCACGUCAGACAAUGGUCUACUGAGAAUAGUGAUAAUAUACCUAUAUUCACAUCCUGUUCACCGAAUGAACCAUAUAAAACUGGUGGUGGAAAAAAUUUAACACUCGGUAUAACAACAUAUGCAAAAAAUAAUGUUACAAACCAGGAGGAGAAACACG